AGUUUGCUUUGAGCGCUGGAACGCGAAAGUCGUCGACGGAGGGCCAACGUUGCGGAUGAAAGUUUCGAAGCGAACUGGGAAGAUUUUUGAAAAGCGCAGGCGUGCAACGGUUUUUUUUUUUUAGUUUUUCUUUUUUUUUUUUGGGGGGGUUUGGGCUACGCUUCGCGGCGAGCGGUGAAUGGCAGCCUUUUUUUCGAGUGUGGUGGCUGAGUGCAAUUCAAAACGCAUUUCGUGCAUAAUUUGUGGAAUUUUACGCGUUGUAAAAUCAAUUUCAUUGUGCAAAUUUGAAAACUUGCCUGCUUUCCGUUGGCUUUCAGCGGCAACAGCUGAAAUAUAAUGCAGCCACAUCAAGCGGGCAAGCAAUAAACAAAUAUCAAAAAAAAAAAAAAAACCAAGAAAAUUUACAAAAUAUAAAAACACACACAUUUGAAGAGUCAACAACAGCGAUUACAAGGCACUAAAAACCAAAGGAAGAGGGAUCUCUUCGGGAUCAGGAUGUCGGCUGCCACGCACAUGGCAAUGCCGGCUCACGCCGUCGUCCCGCCGCCCGGCACACCGCCGGUGCUGGGGGGCAGUGGGUGCUCCAAUCUUAGCCUGCCGUCGGGCAAGCGUGGCCACAAGCGCAGCGUUUCGCUGGAGAAUAAUGCACCACUGGCACUGCGCAGCACACCUAGCAUGGGUCAAUCCUCGCUGGGCUCGCCGCUGCUGCAAUUUGGCCAGGCUGCGCCUGGGCAAGGACACUCGCAGGGCUUUCACACGGGCACAUUGAAGUCGCGCCAGGAGCAGCGUCGUCUGAGCCAAAAGUUCGGGAGUCACAGCAACUUGGAUGAUGAGGGUGUGGGCAUUGGCGUGGGCAUGGGCAUGGGCAUGGGCCUGCAGAUGCGCAGCAAGUUCCAGAAUAUACGACAAAUGUUCGAGCUGAGUCGCAGUUGUGUGGGCGGCGGGGGCGGCGAUGGCAGAGGGGGCGCGGCCGAGGAGGAGGCAAUGCAAUCUCUGCCAGCAACAUUGCCGCAGCAACAUCAGCAGCAGCAGCAGAGGCGCACCACGCCCAUUGCCGGCGGAAGUCGCCACCAGCAACAGCAACAAAUGGGCGAGGCGGAACAGACCAGCGGCAACUUUCUGCGACCCAUUGCCUUCAAGCCCAUUCCAUUUGAGCCGGACUACCGCAUCGCCUGCCAGCAGCAGCAGCAGCAUCAGCAGCAACUGCAGUUGCAACAACAGCAGCAACAGCAGCAGCAGCAGCAGCAGCAGCAACAGUUGCAGCUGCAACACCAACAGCAGCAGCAGCAUCAACAGCAACAUCAACAUCAACAUCAACAACAACAUCAGUCGCUGCAGCUGCCGACGGAGGGCGGGCAGGCGGGGGGCGUGGCGGCCGAGCGGUACGGCUACGGAUCGACGCCGUCACUUGCCCCACUGCCCACCGCAUCGGCCCAGAAAUUUGGCAGUACCACUGACCUACGACACUUGGCCGCUCGACGACGAAAUCAUCGCCUGCUGCAGCGUUGCAGUAACGAGGACGCCCUGACCCUUGACCUCUUGAGCACGGGCAGCCACGACAGACCCGAUGGUGCCAGCAGCAAGAGCAGCGGCACUGUGGUGGGCAGCAGCGACUUGACGCCCUCGCCGUCGGAUUCUGGGAUCUCGGAACUGGAGGCGGCGCUGAAGGAUCGCGAUUCGGAGCUCUCGUACCUGCGACAGGCCAUGGAGCACAAUGAGAAAGUAAUUUUCCAAGUUCAAAAGGACAAGGAGGUGUACUGGGAGCACGAGACGCAGCGUUUGCGGCUCUUCUACGAGGGUCAGCAGCGGGAGUGUCAACUGAAGCUGCGCAAGAUGGAGCAGCUACUCGGACUGCAGCAGUUCCAGCUGAAGCAGCACAAGCUGCGCCAAUCGGAGCAGGUCAAUCGGCUGCAGCAGCAGCUCGAUUUGGCCAGAGACUCCAGCCAGGGGCUGCAACAGCAGGUGGACGCACUGCGUCACCAGCUGGAGGACAGCGAGUGGCGCGUCUGCGAGCGCAACGGGGAGAUAGCUUUACUCAAGACGCAGCUCAAGGAGGCGCAUCUGGAAAUCAACAUGAAGGAUCAUGCGAUUGUCAGCCUGAAGCACAGCAGCAACAGGAGCAGCAGCAGCAGCAACAGCAACAGCAACAAGUCCUGUGACACAAACACAAGCCAAAGUCAACCAAAGCAGCAGGCGAAAGAGGAGCAGCAGCAGCAACAGCAUCCAGAGUUGCAGCAACAGCAACAGCAGCAGCAACAGCAACAGCAACAGCAACAGCAACAGCAACAGCAACAGCAACAGCAACAGCAACAGCAACAACAGCAGCAACAGCAGCAACAGCAACUCAAGCAACAACAUCAGCCCGACCAGCAGCAACUGCAGAAGAUCAUCACGCUGAAGGAUCAGGUGAUUGGAGCUCUGACCAGCGAGCUGGCCAAGUUGCGCAAGGAGCUCUCCGAUCUGGCCAUUGCCCACGAGUACGGCGAGGAGCCCUGCGGCCGAUACACUCGUCUCAAGCAGCAGCUGGACAAUCUAAACGAGAUUUGCCAGAAGACACGAAAGUACACAACAACAUCCGCAUCACCAACAGCAGUAGCAUCGCCAGCAGCACAAGUGGCACCACCAGCACCAUCGCCGGCAGCACACGUAGCAACACCAAGCUGUGCCCAGGAGCUGCCCAAGUUGGAUGUGCUGGUGCAGCGAUUGCAAUUGGACCAGGGACAGGGUACGCAGCAAACGCUGGACACGCUCAUCGAGGAGUCCACCACGUAUGCGGAGGAUAUAGCCAAGCUGCGCCAGAAACUGGACGACUUUCGUCUGAAUCUCGAGCUGGAGAAGCGUCAGUGGAGCGCCGAGAAGGACAAAGUGCUGGGCUACCAGAAGCAGUUGCAGGCCCACUAUAUUCAAAUGUACCAGAAGCUGCGCUGCCUGGAUAGCGCUGGAGCAGCAGUUGGCCAAGUGGAGGCCACCAGUGGUAACUGAGCGGAGCUGAAAAGUGCAGGCGCAAUGGUGCUAUCAUCGCUGGGUUAACAAACUUAGGAAGCAAGUGGAAGACUUUCUUCCUUACAACUGAUCAAUAUAUAAUGUUUUUAAAAUAUAUAAACAUAUCUGAAUACUAUUUAUAUAGGCAAAAUGUAAAUGUACUUUUGCUAUAAAAAUCGAUUCUUUAGAUUGUCUGCUAUUAUUCUUAAUGGUAACUUUUAUUAAAAAUAAAAGUUGAUGGCACUCAAAACCAGUGAGUUGAAACAUUUUCCUUCCCUCGGCGAUAAAUAAUACACGAUUUUCGAUAUUACUAGAGUUGAUGUACACAGAAACUCUGAUGAAUAUUUAU